AUGUGGUAUGUGGUGCAGCUUGUUGGCUUUAUGAUUGAGGAGUCGUCUACCACGGGCGCCGAAAGCGGGAUUGGAGGUGGCAACUCAAGGCCUAACAUGGCAGAUAUUCUCCACGCAUUACCCGAUCCCUAUUAUAUGAGUCGACCCAUAUGCCAUCGUACUUGGAACCGGGGUAAACCUAUCUUCGGCGAAGGCUGUGCUGUGCCCAGUGGCCGUCGGCACCGGCAAUUGGGAAUUGCGUAA